AAGAAUAUAAACCAAUGUAUAAGAAAGAGCAUAAACCAAUGCAUGAGGAAGAGCAUAAACCAAUACAUAAGAAAGAAUAUGAAUCAGAGUUACAAUUAGAUGAAUCUGUAGUUAGUAAAUCAUCACAA